AUGAUUGAAAGAAAGAACACAACCGGCCCAUCCUCCACGGGUAUCACCAGCCACACCAAGACUAACGUCCAACUGAUACCACCUAGAGGACACAUUCAAGUCGGAGAUAUCAUCAAGUAUCGGAUUCAGACGAGAGAUUCCGAAGGGAGGGACCGGGUUAUAGGCGGGGAUUUCUGGUACGCCACUCUAAACUCAAAUAAUCCGCGAGCUAGUACAGCUGGUUAUGUUGCUGACUACAAUAACGGUACAUAUGAAGUCACAUUGCUGGCAGCGUGGGCUGGUCAAGCUGAAUUCAAACUCAUUCUUGUGCAUCCCAGUGAGGCUGUUGACUGCUUCAGAAAUGUGAUCUGGCCUGCAAAGGAAAGAGUACAGUGGAAUGGAUACUUCAACCAUAAAGGCAAGAAAGCAGAAAGGACAACUUGCUUUUUGAGGAGUGGCGGGCCAUGGACUGGACUGUGUCAAUAUCCAGCACACCAUGCACUUGGGAAGACAAUUCUUGUUUGCCAGAAACCGAAAGGUUUGUCCUGUGAUGAUUUCACAUCUUACAAUACCGACUGGGAUAAAUGCAACCAAAAGCUGGCCGAGUUGACAAAAGGCGUAGAGUAUCUAUUCAAAGGCCCGAAUUUUAUGCAACCGGUGAGCAUAGAGAAGAACAAGAAAAUACAAAUCGACGCUGGAUUUCUCCCUCCUCUGAACGACUUACCGCGAUGUCUGCCCGACCAAGACAUACCAGCUGUCCAGGGUUAUUGGUUGAAUGGCAAAUGGCACUCAAUGCUCUGCAGAAUACCGGACUUUCCAAAGGACAUGCUGCACAAAUGUCUACGCGACAAGAAAGUCAUUUUACAUGGCGACUCAACCAUAGGCCAAUGGUAUAAGGAUUUUAACAGUUACCGUAGCUUAUACUAUUUCCAUCCGGAACGAGUUGGGAGCGACAUCUAUGGUCGCAAGGACAUGAAGUACGAGGUUGAUGUUCUUGACAAACUAACCACCCUCGACUGCCAGACGUACAUCAUUGUGCUCAGCCCCUGGGCACACUUCACAGUGUGGACAAGCGAGAGUUUCAUAGAACGGACUGCAUUGAUAAGGAAUGCUGUACUUCGCUUACGCAAACGCUGCCCUAAUAUUUUAAUUGUGAUUAAGGGACCACACCCUCGGCACUAUCCACAUAUCUCAUCUCAUUUGUUGUUCUCGGAUUUUCUUUCAAAAGAAAUGAUUGGAAAUACAUUAAGGGAUGGUUUUAAGGGUACAGGUGCUUUCUACCUACCCUUGUGGGACAUGAACCUGGCACACCCGGCAAAGAAUUCCGUGCAUAUGCCUCACGCAGUUAUAGUACAGGAACUGAACAUGUUUCUAGGGUACGUUUGCGAUAACUUAGCAACAGUGGGCAAUCAAAAAUGA